AUGCAGACGAGUCUGGAGGCCGAGCUCCGUGGCUUUGUGGCAGAGGCGGAGAUCGAUCAGCGGGGAGAAGUCGCCUACGUUGAUCACAUCAAAACCUGGGUCCCGAUACUCUUCGAGCUUCGCAAGUCUCGCAUCUACGAUGGCAUCGUCGCAAAGGAGUGGGGGCCAGACGAAGAGGAGCUUAUCAACCUGCAAAGCUAUGAGGCCCAGUUUCCACUUCACCAGACCGGCGAAGAGGAGGAGCGCCCAGCAUCGGUGGCCUCCUCCGCCAGUGGAAAGUCCGCCAGGGCAAGGAAGAAAGAGAAGACGGCAGGGAAGGCAUCCCGAAACAGCAGCCGUAGCCUGCGAAGCGACAGCCAGUCUUCGCUGGGCAGCGAGAGGAGCCAUGCUUCACGACGCUAG